GUUUAAGUUAUGUCACGUGACACGAGGCAGCAACCAGGACGUGAGACGCCUUCAGAGAGGAGACGCGGCCAUCGUAAUAUCGAUGGCGACCGCUAAGAAGCUCACAGAAAACCACCUCACCUGUGUCAUCUGUUCUGAGGUGUUCACAGACCCAGCCACACUUCAGUGUCAUCAUACAUUCUGUAAGUCCUGUCUGCUGAAAUACACCUACACACAGCCGGAAGCAGUACAAGCCAAGUCCAUCCCAUGUCCCUCCUGUAGACAACUGACGAGUGUGACCAACCCUGACAGUCCAGUAGAGGAGUGGGUCAGUCAGCUGAAACCAAGCCAUGUCAUACAGGGGCUGAUGGACGACUUUGGACCCGGCACAAGGGCUGUGGAGGAACAUGUGUGCAGCGUUUGUACAAAACAAGGAAAGACAACUCCAGCCACUUCUUGUUGCUCUGUCUGCGAUGUUGUGUUCUGUGAAGGAUGUCUCCAGAUGCACAACAUGAUGCCAGGGCUGUCUGAUCAUGAAGUCGCUCACUUGUCUGAUCACACCAAAACAAAGGUCAAGCGUCGCUUCAUGUGUCAAGUCCACAGAGAUGAAAAGGUGAAGUUGUUCUGUAAGGACUGCAAGCAGGCAAUAUGCACGAUAUGCAGCAGUAUAAGACACAGGGCAUGUAAGGAUGUUGAUACAAUAGAGAGCACCACCCCUCUUGUGAAGGAACAACUGACAAGCAAAAUAGAGCGGCUCAGAAUCAACAUGACAGCUACUAAUAAUAACAUAACCUGGAGAAAAUCUACAAUUCAAGAUGUAAAGAGUAAUUCACAAACCCUCAAAGAUCAAGUCAUAAAGACACGGGAAACAGUGAUGCGUGCUAUUUUAAGAAAAGAGAAGCAACUCCUUGGAGACAUCGACAAAGCUACUGAUGAACAAUUACAUGCGUUACAAGCAGAUCUACAAUCCCAGGAGAUCGAGCUACAGAUGUACCAGCAGCAGUAUGAGUUCACAGCCAAUGCUGUGACGUCCGACUGUGAGAUGGACAUGUAUGCCGUCUAUGAGUCGAUGGGUGAGACGUCUCCAGACAACAGAGACACGGACAACAGGCCAGCAGCAGGAAGGGUUGUAUUGACACACGACCUGGACAAGCUGAGUAAAGCAGUUGAUGAGCUACAGCUGGGGGAGGUUCAAGUCGUCCAUGAUGUGUGUGACACCGAGUUUUCUCCUGUUCUACAUCACACCAUUGACUGCAAGGAAGAUGGGGACGGGAAGGAUCCUUCGGUGCGUGACGUCACAGUGUUGACUGUUGAUGGCAUCAAAGUAACGGUAGUUGCAGAUUACAAUAACAAGAUACUCAAAACAUAUUACACAUCAAACUUCAAAUCCUUUCAUAAUCAGCUCCUGCUUUCUAAUUAUCCUUGGCAAAUAGCCAAGUUAUGUAAGAUUCAGAUAGCUGUCAGUGUUCCAAGCAGAAUGGAAAUAGUUACAGUGAAUGUUACCCCAGAUCCUGUAUUACUGUCAACUAUCAAAACAAGCAAGCAGUACUUCGCCCUAGCCUCUCUGAGUCCUUCACAGCUGGCGGCAGGUACAGAUAGACAGUCUCACUCUGUGGACAUAUUGGACAUGACAGGGAGGAUACUGAGGUCUAUCAACACGGGGGUGAUAGGGAAUCAAGACCACAUCCACGUCACCAGGAACAACAACUUGAUAGUCAGUGAAAGAGACGUAAAAUCCCUUGUAUCUGUGACCAGUGAAGGAGCCGCUGUUUUCACCUACACUCCCACAGGAGACAGAGCUCUGACAUAUCCUUGGGGUAUCACAACAACCAGCACUGGAGAUAUCCUGCUUGUAGACUAUGGCUCCCACAAGGUGAUUCAGCUGACACAAUCGGGGCAGUUUGUCAGAGAUGUCCUCACACGCCAGGAUGGUCUGGAACAUCCUGUUGGUGUCUGUCUUGAUGGUGACGGUCUGCUGUAUGUUACGUCUGCAAGAUAUGUAAAAGUAUUCAAAUUCUGCCGGCGCUGAAUUUUAAAAUAGAGAUAAUUUUUAUCUCCAUGCACAGUUGAAGAUAUACAAAAUUGACAACCGACAAUGUCCAGAUUGGCUCUUGUAAACGUAAUUCCCCAUGUCAGUGAUUAAACCGAGGACGAUCUUUCACGUGUAGAAAUCUGACCUGAUUUGUAAAGGACAUUUGUUAAAGGAACGCAUAGUGACAGGGUUCGUUCCGAUUAUGUUUCUAGGUUUGUCAGCGCCAUACCCGUGCUCCUUGGUUUCACCAAUAAGGGGAUACCGUCUGAGACCUGCAUCACUUCGGCUUUCCUUCCACAUUAAGCUGACACGCCGUGAUAUAACUGGAAUGCUGUUCAAAGCAGCGUAAAACCCAACUCACUCACUCACAGUGACAGAACUAAAUGAGAAACCUGUUCACAUAGUUGGGUAUGGUUCAAGCCUUUAGAUAUCAGUUAAACAACAUAGCUCGCCAAGGCUUCAACGUGUGCUGAACAAAUAUAUAACACAACGAGCGUUCAGCUGUUUGUGGAGGCUAUAGUAGUGCAUGGAUGCUUUGAGAAUUGGUUUAGAUGUGUCCUCAUUGGUAUCAGUUAUUUGUACUGAUGUAUAGUGUUUCUGAUUGGUUGAAGUAACAGUAAAUAUCCCUAUAACAUUAAACAACUCUAUCUGGAUACAAAAAAGGAUAUAAAAAAUGUUUUGACGUUUGAAUAGUUUAAAUGAGGAAGAUGUCUUUUUGUGAUCUUGUCCGCUUCCAGAAACACCAGA